GACAAUCUAAGGCCAAUUCGCGUGGAUGCUGCGAGGGUAAACAAUUUAUAUGAUUUAGAGCAGUGCGAGAUAGUGUUUUAUGUUGUUGUCAUUGAAUUGCAGGUGAUUGCAAAAAUAUAGUAUAAACGUUAAAUGAAACUGAUCUUGAGUUUUAAGGAGGGGAACCUAGCUGAAAAUUUCAGUUCCUGUAUCCCAUAACAUGGCAUACAGAAGAGAGAGAGGAGACUUGAGGAGCGAGUAUGACAGAGCCCAAAGAGACCGCUAUAUACAUGGGAAAAUGGGACCGUAUCAAGGGGUAAACUUUGCUCCAAGGAAGACCUUUUUUGAAAGACCAGGUGAAGGCUUCAGUCGAGAAUUUGAUUACGCAGAUCCUCGGAUUUAUCAUGAUGAAGGCCCCCGAAAUUAUCAUGCUGAAGUGCCAAGAAACUAUUAUGCUGACAGCAUCAACUUUGGAAAUGAACGUAGAAAUGGACCUCUGUUACGCAGGGAAGAUCCGGACUACCGAAGGCCAAUAGAAGACUACCAUGGGUCAAGAAUGGUAGAAUUCAGGGAGGACCGGGACUUCAGGAGAAAAGGCUCAUAUCCACAUCCGCACAUGCGAGAACGUUCUCCUGUGCAGAAAGAGAUCCCCUCCUUCAGAAAUUCUCCAAGCAGCCGGCGGGAAUCUCCACACAGCCGUUCUGGGUCCAGUUUGAGUAACAGGAGCUACUCACCUGAGAAAAAGAAAAGCUACUCCUACCAAGCUCAGCAGAAAAAAAACAAAGAAAGACCAUCAAGCUAUUCCUUAAACACUUCAAGAGAUGCCUCUCCACAGAGUUCCACAUCUGCUUCAAAGAUAAGCUCGGAUAAAAGCAGCAAACCUCCUGAGCCUCAGCCUGCAGAAGCUUUGAGUGAAAAGGCCGAUGAAACACUGGAACAAUCUAAUGAUGUGUCAGAGGCUCAGCCAGAAUUUGAUGAUUUACAAGUUUUUGAAGGGGAACAAGAGGAACAUCAGCCGAGCAGAGACGAUACAACCACAUUUCUGAAUGAUGACUUUCAGGAGCGACGGGCUAUAGCUAUUGCAGAAAAAGCCAGAGAAAUUGAACAGCCAUCGUGUCUACAUUGCUCCUGUGCUGACCCAUCCAGACCACUCCUGAAAAUGGUUUACAGACAGGACUGCAAAACGUUUGGGAUGGUUGUCAAGAUGCUGGUGGCUAAAGAUCCUACUUUGGAAAAACAACUACAAACUCCUCUGAAAGAGAACCUUAUCGAGAUUCGAGAGCGCUGUCUAGAAGACCUUCAGCAAUUUAUCUCACAAAUUGACGAGGAGAUUCUGCAGCAACAGUGACUACUUGGUUGUAUUGGUACGUGUGUCAGUAUGAUUUUUUUACUCCAGAGAAAUUAAGAAACUCUAUCCAGGGACAAUAUUUUGAUAGGACAGUAUCUGUCAAAUAUUUGGACUGACAGCAGUGGGUACAAAGCAUGUGAUAUAAUUUGGUAUUACUUCAUUAAGUGUGAUUUUUAUAACCAAGUCCUGUUUCAAAGCUAACAGAGGUAUAACAGGCCUAUGUCUAAAAGUAGUUAACUCCCUUUUAGGUAUAAUUAUAACAUUGAAAUAUAUAACCAUUUGUCACCGACAGUACACAAAAUCUAGGCCCACUGAAUGACAUCCAACCCCUUAGGUAAAGCAUGAAUCAUACUGAGUUUAUAUUCUAAAAUGGGCUGUAUGUAUGCAUUCUUUAGGAUUUUACAAUAUGUUAAAUCUAUUACAUAUAAUACAGUUUAUCAUUAAAAAUGUAAUUCAAAAUGUAAAAAUUCUAAUCCAAAAAGUGCUUUAUAGACCAUUAUAAAAAGUAUUGCCAUUUUUAAAUGUCUGUAUUACACUGUCUUCCUGAACCUUUCAUUUUCUGUAUUCAUUUUGGGCAAAGAGAAAACCAUGUCAGUGUUCUUUAAAAAAAUAAAUAGUUCAUACUAUAUGAUUUCAUUUCUCAUUAUACUCCAUGAUCUCUUUUGUAUUUCACGCACUGUAAUAAUACAUGUUUACAUACAUUUGAUGGGACUGUCAGGAUUAAAUAUAUUGUAAAUCAUUAAUGAAACUUGUCUGGAAAAAAAAUUAAAAUGGUAAUGAUUUCAAGGCUGUGUAGAAAGGUUUUAUUAAAGGUAAAAAAGUUUUA